CAGCUGAUGGUGUGGGGAAUAAUUGCACCUGCCUUCGAAGAGACAGUCAGCAGUUCCAAGCUGUGGACUAUUCAGCGGCGCGAUCUCUUUGUCGGCUACCAAAAGGUCGGUAGUCCUUUCAGCACCCACACGUGAAUAUUUCUGCUUUAAGGCUGUGUGCAUAGGCGAGAAGACCAGCCCCGAGCUUAACCCUCCCUUCCUGGUAUCCUGUUUCAGAGAUCUGCCUCGUCGCUCAUGCAACUCAGCUGUCUCCUGGAGGUGUGUUUGUUCAUUCCUUCUUCCGCAAAUUUGAGCUGCUUCUACUUCCAUUGUAUUAAGUAAGCCAUUUUAGGCAUUGCUGGGAGAUUGGGAGAAUGAGAAAGUGCUCAAUGUAGAACGGCAAGUUGAAGAAUGUGAACCCAAAGACUGUUAGAAAACAGGAUCGUCAGCGUUAAACAGUCGGAGUCCUUACUAAACAAAACUGUACUUGGAACUGGAUCAUUCUGUUCAGGAAGCCUCAUCAGAGGAUUUGUUAAUACAGAUUCCCAGCAUGCAUGAUAAAGAAGAAGAAUUGAUUUCCAGACUGGACAAAAUCUGAUGGUAGUAAGAACCACCAGAAAAAGUGGCUUCAACUCACAAAACCAAUGACAGUGCCAUCUCUAAUGUUAUCAGUGCCCAACAGCUUGCCAAUGGAGGCACUCUACAGAAAUGGCUGCCUGUAGUUUGAGUCGUGAGGGGAAUACUGCUUGUCUUCUCACAGGAAGGCAUGCCACAAACAUUGACUUCUACAAGUAUGUUUAACACGAGUGGCUUUAGCCAUCAACUUCACCCAACCAAAGAAAACGAACAUGAAAGGCUAAUAUUUCAGGAUGGUAACCUUAUCUCAGCAUCUUUAGAAGCUUUGAUCCAACAUCUCAUACCGACAGUUGACUAUUAUCCUGAAAAAGCAUAUAUAUUUACAUUUCUACUGAGUUCAAGAUUAUUCAUCGAACCCCAUGAGCUAUUAUCAAAAGUAUGCCACAUGUGUAUAGAGCAGCAAAGUCUAGAUGAGCCAGUGCUUGACAAGGCACGAAUUAAAAAGUUUGGACCUAAGAUAAUGCAGCUGCUGACAGAAUGGACAGAGACUUUCCCAUCCGAUUUUCGGGAUGACAGAAUGAUUGCGCAUCUAAAGGACAUGAUCCACAGGAUAGCUCCUUGUGAUGAGAGUUAUUGGAAGACAAUGAAUCAGCUUUUACAAACACUGGACCAAAAACUGACAACUCUAAAUCAAGGUGAAGAAAACAUAGUGAAGCUCAAUGCUAGUGUGUCCGAUAAAUUGGUUAUCAUCAAAACCAAGCCUCCAUCCAUUCAAAGAGAUGUACUGAGUAUUUGCAAUGAUCCAUAUACCUUGGCACAACAGCUAACUCAUAUAGAACUGGAAAGAUUGAGUUUUAUUGGUCCUGAAGAAUUUGUACAAGCAUUUGUACACAAGGAUUCUUUGGAAAACCCAAAGUCUUGCUUCAGUGACCAAAAGAAAACAGACAAUCUUGAAGCCUAUGUCAAAUGGUUCAACAGACUCUGCUAUUUAGUAGCUACCGAAAUUUGUAUGCCUGCAAAGAAGAAACACAGAGCACAAGUAAUAGAAUUUUUUAUUGAUGUUGCUCGAGAGUGCUUUAAUAUUGGUAACUUUAAUUCUUUGAUGGCAAUUAUAUCUGGUAUGAACAUGAGCGCUGUUUCUAGGUUGAAAAAGACUUGGGGGAAGGUUAAAACAGCAAAAUUUUACAUUCUUGAGCAUCAAAUGGAUCCUACAGGUAACUUCUACAACUACAGAACAGCUCUCCGUGGGGCAGCUCAUCGGUCACUAACUGCACACAGUAACCGAGAAAAAAUUGUUAUCCCUUUCUUCAGUCUACUGAUCAAAGAUAUUUAUUUCCUAAAUGAGGGAUGUGCAAAUCGUCUUCCUAAUGGUCAUGUGAAUUUUGAGAAAUUUUUAGAAUUGGCCAAACAAGUAGGAGAAUUUAUGAUGUGGAAACAGGUUACAUGUCCUUUUGAAGAUGAUCAAAAUAUCAUUCAUUAUCUUCAUACAGCCCCUGUCUUCUCUGAAGAUGGUUUGUAUUUGGCGUCAUAUGAAAGUGAAAGUCCAGAAAACCAACUUGAAAAAGACAGAUGGAAAACUUUAAGAUCAACACUCUUGGGAAAGACAUGAGUGUACUGAAGCAGUAGAAUACAAAUCUACUAAUAUCAUAGCUUGCACUAUUGACUUCAGAAACCAGCAGAGAUAUAGGUUUUCUUGUGAACUUUGAUGAGCAGGAUUCAUCAGUUAGAGUCAUACAAAUAUGAAGAGAAAAAAAUAUUCCUCACUUGAACCCCUCUCUAAACAAGCAGUUUUUAAAUUAUACAGAUCUAAUCAAUAAAAAGCUGGAUAACGUUAAAUUUCAGAAACUGAAAUACUCUAUCUCAGUUAGUACAUGUUCUGUGACAGAUUUAGACAAACUAGACUGCAAGACAUGAAAAGAUCUGAAAGUAAAUAGUUUCAUUUAUUAAAAUAUUCUGCAACUGUAUAGUUCAUGUUUUGAACUCCACCUGAAAUAGAUUUGAACAUAUGAGCUGAACUCAAGAAGCCAAGUUUCAGGAUUCACUGUGUCAAGGUAACUGCUCUUUAUCUCAACUGAAAGAAAUACUUCCGUUUGCAGGAAGAUUCUACUAGACUGACAUUCAGUUGUGUACAAUACUUGAUAAUUUUGUAGAGCACAUAUUUUGUGUUGUAAUAUUUUACUCAAUGGGUACCUGAUCUCAUCAUGUGCAUGCAUUUAAAAUGUCUCAUUAAAGUUUGAAUUAUUGUGACAUUUUUCACUUGCUUACUUAGCAAGUUUAGAUGAUACAAUUCAUCACUAACAUUAUUUAAACAAUAUAGCAAAAUGUAAUGUAAAUAUAAAUCUGACUUUCUUAUGUGCAUUUUGUGAUAUGGAACAAAUUUUGAACUAUAAAAUGGUAAUUGUCAGUAUGCCUUGUUAAAUAACAAAUUAAGACAACAGAUUUAAACCUGAUCAAUCGUAACAAAAGCGGGUGAAUACUUAACAGGUUGUAGUUAUACUAUCUGUGAGUUAUGUAACAGUCAUCUGUUAAACCCUAUAAAUAUUAUUAUAUGAGGUUUAUAUCUGGCAGACACAUAAUAUUUCCUUCUGAAUUGCAUAAUUUUAUGAUGUAAAUAUGAUUUUCACAUACUUAUACUCACCUUAAUUUAUAGUUAAAAAAAGAUUAUUAUUGUUAACUUCAAUCUGAGUAGUCAUGGUGGUAAAGAAAAAUGAGGAAGAACUAAGUCUAUAUGAUAGCUGUGUACAAUCCCACAUGUAUUUGAAAUUCAGGAAAUUAAAGCCAUUGAAGAUGCACGUAGUUAUAACAGACACAUAUAAUGGCAUUUACUUGUUACUUAAGUACAAGAUAUUUUUGUAGUACAUAAUAUUGUAAAUGGUGUUACAUAUUAGCCAAACUAGUAUUAUAUGACUCUUGUCAUAUGUAUAUCAUGUUGGUCACCUGUGCCCUGCAUCCAUUUAUAAGCAAAAAGGUAAAAACAAUGACUGCAGAUGCUGGAAACCAGAUUUUAGAUUAGGUGGUGCUGGAAGAGCACAGCAG